AUGUCCAACGCGCCGCUCAAUGGCGUCAAGCUCAACCCGCUCGAUGAUCCCAACAACGUCAUCAAGGUUCUUGCCUCGGACAGCAAGACCGCUGAGCAACGAGAGAUCGCCUACACCAACUGCAAAGUCAUCGGGAACGGAAGUUUCGGUGUUGUUUUCCAGGCAAAACUCGUAGCACCAGCCGGCUCAGAAUCUGCCGAAGGUCCCAGCAAAGAGAGCGAUGAAGUUGCCAUCAAGAAGGUCUUGCAAGAUAAGCGCUUCAAGAACCGCGAGCUUCAGAUCAUGAGGAUUGUCAAGCACCCCAACGUAGUCGAUCUCAAGGCUUUCUUCUACUCGAAUGGCGACAAGAAGGAUGAAGUCUUCCUCAACCUUGUCCUCGAGUACGUCCCCGAGACCGUCUACCGAGCCUCACGACACUACGCCAAGCUCAAGCAGACCAUGCCCAUACUCCUCAUCAAGCUCUACAUGUACCAAUUGCUACGAAGUCUGGCCUACAUCCACUCGAUCGGCAUCUGUCACCGUGACAUCAAACCUCAGAACUUGCUGCUCGACCCUUCCACCGGUAUUCUCAAGCUCUGCGAUUUUGGUUCCGCCAAGAUUCUAAUUGCAGGAGAGCCUAACGUCAGCUACAUUUGCUCCAGAUACUACCGAGCUCCCGAGCUGAUUUUCGGAGCAACCAACUACACCACCAACAUCGACAUUUGGUCCACAGGAUGUGUUAUGGCCGAACUAAUGCAAGGACAGCCUCUUUUCCCCGGCGAGAGCGGUAUCGACCAGCUUGUGGAGAUCAUCAAAGUUCUCGGUACACCUUCGCGAGAACAGAUCAAGACUAUGAACCCCAACUACAUGGAGCACAAAUUCCCUCAGAUCCGACCGCACCCCUUCUCCAAGGUCUUCCGUCCUCGCACACCUCCCGAUGCCAUCGACCUCAUCUCGCGACUUCUCGAGUACACUCCCAGCGCCCGUCUUACAGCAGUCGAGGCUCUCUGCCAUCCUUUCUUCGACGAGCUUCGAGCAGGUGAGGUCCGCAUGCCCAACGGCCGUGAAGUGCCGCCUCUCUUCAACUGGACCAAGGAGGAGCUUUCUGUUCGACCCGACCUCAUUUCGCGACUUGUACCUCAGCACGCCGAGGCAGAGUUACUUUCGCGCGGCAUUGAUGUUCACAACUUCCAGCCCAUCCCGCUCGAGUCGAUGAAGGUUACACUUGAUUAA